UGUUGAAAAUGUUAAUCGGUUAAAAACUGGCCUAACAUUACAUAAUUUCAGUAAAAACGUCCUCAGCAAUUUCCGGUAGUUGGGCGGUGAAAUGGUAUCCACUUUAAUGUAUUGAUAUUACAAAAUAUAAUCAUAAUCUUGGUCAAAUAUUUGUUAGGGUUAUCUGGCCUCAUCACCUCACGAUAAUCAGUUCGGCUGCUGUGGUGGAAGCUGGGAUGAUAUAAGCAGUAGAGAUGUCUUCCAGCAGAUGAUGCAGGGUCUGAACAAGAGGCGGGGUGUUCAGAUCCACCCAGCAAAGCGCAAGGCAAUGCCUUUCAGGUUAUGAUGAGUGCCAGAUCACAGUUGCUGUCAUUGCCAAACAAAAAAACAUCAAGUAGUGGUGUACCUUUCGAGAUCGGGCUUUCGAGGAAAGAUGAGAUGUAUAACAAAAUCAUAGAUAUGAUGGCGGAGAGAUCAUUGAAGUUUCACGAUGCGAAUAAGGAAGGCAGUUAUUUCACACAGGCAUUCACAAGGUUCUAUCCAACGCGCUGUGGUACAUCACCAAUCAGCACAGUGUGAUUAAUGACAGAAGCAAGAGAGAGGCAUCUGUGUCAUCAAUACCAGUAGCAUUUGAUGACUUCCAGGGCUUUAAUGAUCACAGGCGUAAAAAACUAAAGGCUCAACCACUUGAUUCUUUGGGCCUUAAAAGCCAAGCUGAAGUCCUUUACAGUUUAUGUACAAAGCCAAUAAUGAGAACUUCAGCUGCCUGGGAGAAAAUGUACACAGAUGUUAAAGGACUUGCAGACAGCUUAUGGUCAUACCACAGAUAUUUGCUGAAGCAAUUGGAAAAGUCUGAACACAACAGAAACCUUGAUCAUCCCGCACGUCCCCUUGCAGAAAACUGUAGUGUGUUUACAAUUCUUAAGACAGGAUCAGAAGUAAAGCCAAAAUAUAAGCCUCUUGACAAAGCAGUUAGCUUAGCAGACUACAAUGAACCAGUCUUUUUUGAUGAAUCAUUACAUACUGAUGUCCCAUUUGAUGAAAAUAUUCAGAGGCUGCGAUAUUUUGAAGGGCUUCAAUUGUCAGUUGAUGUUGAUGUUAUCAAGUAUUGUCCAGGAGGAGCUAUACUAACAACUUGGUGUUUUUUUAAAGCUCAUGAAAAUAGAAAUGACAUUCAAAAACAGACAGAUGCAGCUACAAAUAUCCUAAAAAUCACACCGAAACUCCCUGAAUAUCAUACACGUAUGAUGAAACAAAACUUCAAAAGGGGAAUCAAGAAUAUUGCAAAUAUUCAACCAUCUGUUCUUGAUAUGAUUUAUAAAGACCUAACAUUAGAUGCAACAGCAGCUUCACAUCCAGACACACAACUGAGGUUACAAAUGAUCGUCAUGGGUGAAACUGGACUUCUCACUGAUCUCAGGAAAUUAAACCCAGGACGCCCAACUGGUACAUUUGAUGAGUUUUUUUCCAAGCUUGGAGAAAUCAUACAUGAGAACACGGCAGCAGAUGACAGACGACAUAGCCAGGCUCACAUGUCCCAAUACAUGUCAGUGAAAGAUCUUAUAUCACAAGCCAAAGAGAGAUGUCCAGCAGGCACAGAUAUUCCUUCUUCGUCACUUGUUCGACUGCAGUUUAUGCCUAGAAACCCGUAUGCCAAGACUGCUUUAAGUUUCACAUCUAAAUUGCCAAUUCAAUACAAAAUACAGCGACGUCAGUUGAGAGUUUCUUAUCCAGAUGACCAUUACACAUCUGCUUUGUUCAAAUACCUUCGGAGUUUUGCUGUUAGACUGGGUAAUGACUGCGCAUUGUUCUUUUGUGAUGACAAAGCAAAGGUACCAUUUGGAGAGCCAGAUAUGGUUUUAUCGACUGGAGUGCGGGGAAAGAAGACUUUAACGCCUUCAACCAGUACCCUUGUAGCAGCUGAUCAUGAUAUGCACCAUAAAGGCUCCUUGACUCCCUCGGUCUACAUGAAAUGUGAUGUUCCGGAUUCAGUUGAGAAAUCAUUCUACAGGGGGAAGGUGACAACUGUAAUCAACGACUCCAUCUUCCAGUCUUCGAAUCCCAUGCGGCAUGCGGCUACCCUGGUCAGACUUGUUAAGAAAGAAGACAGCAAACCAAAGGUCCUGCUUAAAUUUACUGAUGGUGGAACUGAUCAUCGUAAUACACUUGAGCACGUCAAAUGUGCAUCUAUCUGCAUGUUCAAGGAACUUGAUCUCGAUAUGUUUGUAGCAUGCAGAUGUGCUCCCGGUCAAAGCUACACAAACCCUGCAGAGAGGAUCAUGUCAAUUUUGAAUAUUGGUCUACAGAACUGUGCCCUUUCCCGUCAGAAAUCGACUGAUGAAGUUGAGAAUUGCAUACGCAAAUGCAACUCGAUGGAUAGCAUUCGCAAAGUUGCCGUUGACAAACCAGAGAUCAAAGAGCAGUGGGAAGUAGCAAUUGAACCAUUAAGGGAAGUUAUCGAGAACAGAUUCAAACGGCUUUCCUUGAAAGAUGAACCCAUUGAAGCAAUGUAUCCAACAAGUGAGGAAGAAAUGGAUAUUCUGAAACAACACCUUCACUAUCUCUUUCCACAAAUGAACACAGACAGGCUGGUAAAAGCUGAAACAAACAAGGUUGAGAAAUAUGCUGAGUGGCUGGACCUGCACUGCAAACAGAGUCAGUACUGCUUCCAAAUUAGAAAGUGUGACAAUCCCGAGUGUUGCGGCCCAUCAUCACUAGACCUUGAGUGGAUUCCAGAUCCUAUGCUUGAUGACAGCAAGAAUCAUUAUCGUCCUUUCGAUGAACUGUAUGGUAGUGAAACAAGCGAGUGUGACCGCCCAACAUUCCAAAAACCUACAGAAAGAAAGAAAGCAACAAAAGUUAAAUCCAGUAUUGCAAUCAAUCCACUUACAAAACUUAUCCAAGAAGAUGAAACUUUGUUAGGCGAUGCUUCUGUCUACACUGCACAAAAUGCAAGAACCAGCAUUGAAUGUGUUGAAUGCAACAAGCCAAGACUUGUCUACUCAAAAUCUAGACUUAAUGAAAGAACAAAACUUCAACUGGCUUUAGCUCUGUCAGAAGGUGACUACACAUGUGGUUCUCCACUGACUACACCUGAACACCCUCUUCAUGGAAAAAUGUUUGUCAGAAUGAACAUUGAUUGUAGCAGCCCCAUGGAGACAUCAUACUUCAGCUGUAUUCAUUACAGUUCUGAUAUAGCUCAAACUGAUCGAUGUUAUUACUGUGGUGUCACCGGUGCUGAUACUGAUGAAACACUAAAGCUCCAAUUUAAGACUGUCUAUCCUAUUUGUGUACUAUGCAAGAACAAAAAUUUUGAAACUGUUUGCAUGAGACCCUUUGGUAAAAAGAAGUAAAUUGAGACUGAUUGCAAGUUUCUUGAAAAAAGAACAUUAAAGAAAACUGAUGCUGUUACUGAUUUUAUUGUUUUUCAUAAUACAGGCAAAUAAAUAUAAGAACACA